AUGACGGUCACCAAGCGCAAGCAGAAGCCUCGCGAGACCGGCGGCCCCGACACGGCCGUCGCCGCGCCGCAGCUCGAGUCGGGCAUGAAGGCCACCUGCGACGCGUGCUCGGUCGACAUUACGCACUCGGUCCACAUCCGCUGCGCCGAGAAGGUCGGCGAGCGGCUCACGUGCCCCGACUUUGACCUUUGCGUCGACUGCUUCCUCCACGGCAAGUCGCUCGGCCCGCACCGCGCGACGCACGCCUACCGGGUCAUCUCGUCGCACUCGUUCCCGAUCUUCAACAAGGACUGGGGCGCCGACGAGGAGCUGCUCCUGAUCGAGGGCGCCGAGAUGUACGGCCUCGGCAACUGGGCCGACAUUGCCGAGCACGUCGGCGGCCGCACCAAGGAGGAGUGCCACGACCACUACGUCGCGACCUACAUCCAGAGCGAGGCGUACCCGUUACCUCAUGUCGACCAGGACUUUUCGCCCGACGACACCGAGCCGUUCCAGCAGCGCAAGAAGGCCCGCCUCGAGGAGCUCCAGUCGCGCCCGAUCCCGCUCCCGCCGCCCAAGCCUCUCGCGUCGGCCCCGACCUGCCACGAGAUCGCCGGCUUCAUGCCCGGCCGCCUCGAGUUCGAGCACGAGUACGAGAACGAGGCCGAGGUCCUCAUCAAGGACAUGGAGUUCGGCAAGGUGUACCACUUUGGCGGCGACGCGCAGCCGGCGGCGCCGCCUGCCGCACCGGCAGAAGACGGCGCGAGCGGCGAGCAGAACGGCGCAGGCGGGUCGGGCGAGGGGGCAGGUGCGGCGGGCGAGGGCGAGGUCGGCGACAAGGAGGAGAAGCCGCUGCCCGACGGCGAGCAGGACGGCGACGAGCCCGAGCCGGAACUCGAGCUCAAGCUCGCCAUCCUCGACAUGUUCAACGAGCGCUACGACAAGCGCAUGUCGUCCAAGGAGCUCAUCUUUGACCGCGGCCUCAUCAACUACAAGAUCCUGUCGGCGGCAGAGCGCAAGCGGUCCAAGGAGGAGCGCGACCUCAUCAUGCGCACCAAGGUCUUCUCGCGCAUCCAGACGGCGCAGGACCACGAGGACUUUGUCGAGGGCCUUCUCUACGAGAUCACGCUCCGCAAGCGCAUCGCCGAGCUGCAAGAGUACCGCCGCAACGGCGUCACGACGCUCGCCGAGGCCGAUCGCUACGAGUCGGCCAAGACGCAGCGAGCGUCGACUCGCGCGAGCGCCUACCGCGACUCGGUCUCGCUCUCGUUCGACCGCGGCGGCGGCGGCUCUCGUCGCCCGACGCCCGGCGGCGGUCCCGGCGGCCCCGGCUCGACCCUCGCCGCGCAGCUGCGGGCACGGCCGGCCCCGCCGCUCACGCUCGCGAGCGCGGCGAGCCUGCAGCUCUUGACGCCGCUCGAGCAAAAGCUGUGCGCGACGCUGCGCAUCCUCCCGCGGCCGUACCUGUUCCUCAAGGAGGUCCUCCUCCGUGAGUGGGUGCGGCUCAAGGGACGCAUGGGCGUCGCCGAGGCGCGGCGGGCCGUCGUGCGCGAGGGUGGGCAAGAGGACGAGGCGACCGGCGAGUGGGGCGAGAAGGUCGAGCUCGUCUGGGAGUUUGUGCGCGAGGCGGCGGGGCUCGGGACGGAUUCGGGAGGAGGCGAUGAGGACGACGAGGACGACGAGGACGACGUCAUGGACGACGCGACGGCGUCGGGUGCGCAGACGCCGCUCGUGUCGGGCUGAGGGAGCGAGGAGGCUGGUGUACAGAGCUCUCUGAUGCGGGCUGUCUGUGGUCGUCUGCCGUGCACUGUUGUACUCUUUCGUCCACUC